AAGUCUGCUGCAACAAUUGCUCAUAUCUUAUCCUUCAAAUUACUAUAUUGCAUUUCCUUCCCUCUCCUCCUUUGUUCUGUGACUAGGGAAAUCAUUUGUGCAGAAAUGGCUACCAACUACAAGCCAAAGAACAUUCUUAUUACAGGAGCAGCAGGGUUCAUAGCAUCCCAUGUAUGCAACAAACUAGUCCAAAACUACCCUGCAUACAAAAUCAUUGUUCUCGAUAAGCUCGAUUAUUGUUCAAAUCUAAAGAAUCUAAUUCCCUCAAAUUCAUCUCCUAAUUUCAAGUUCAUCAAAGGAGAUAUUGAAAGUGCUGACUUAGUCAACUACAUUCUAUUAACUGAAUCUAUUGAUACAAUAAUGCAUUUUGCAGCUCAAACUCAUGUUGACAACUCUUUUGGUAAUAGUUUCGAGUUCACGAAAAACAACAUUUAUGGAACUCAUGUACUUUUAGAGGCUUGCAAAGUCUCAAAAAAUCAAGUCAAGAGGUUUAUUCAUGUUAGCACCGAUGAAGUUUAUGGUGAAACGGACGAAAAUGCAAUUGUUGGUAAUCAUGAAGCUUCUCAGCUUUUACCAACAAACCCUUAUUCUGCAACAAAAGCCGGUGCAGAAAUGCUUGUUAUGGCUUAUGGCAGAUCCUAUGGUUUACCAGUUAUAACCACUAGAGGGAAUAAUGUUUAUGGGCCAAAUCAGUUUCCUGAGAAAUUGAUUCCAAAGUUUUUGCUUUUGGCCAUGAAAGGGAAGACUCUACCGAUUCACGGCGAUGGAUCGAAUGUUAGAAGCUAUCUCUAUUGUGAGGAUGUUGCUGAAGCUUUUGAGAUUAUUCUGCAUAAAGGUGAAGUAGGACAUGUUUACAACAUUGGUACAAAGAAAGAGAGAAAAGUGAUUGAUGUUGCAAAGGAUAUAUGUAAGCUUUUCUCAUUGGAUUCUGAUAAACAUGUUAAGUUUGUUGAUAAUAGGCCUUUUAAUGAUCAAAGAUACUUUUUGGAUGAUGAAAAGUUGAAGAAAUUGGGAUGGUUUGAGAGAACUAGUUGGGAAGAGGGUUUAAGAAAAACAAUGGAUUGGUAUGUUAAGAAUUCUAAUUGGUGGGGUGAUGUUUCUGGUGCUUUACUUCCUCAUCCAAGAAUGCUUGCAAUGCAAGGAAUUGAGAAAUUCUGUAAUGACUCAGAUGCAAGCAAUUCUGGUGAGAACAGAGUUGUUACCUCGGCUACAAGGAACAACGAUCAAUCAUCGCGAAAAGCAUCGUCAUUGAAAUUCUUGAUAUAUGGUGGUGCAGGGUGGAUUGGGGGGCUUUUAGGAAACAUUUGUGAGAAGCAAGGGAUAGAAUUUGAAUAUGGUAAAGGAUGUUUGGAUGAUAGAUCAGAACUUUUGGUUGAUAUUAAGACUAUUAAACCAACUCACAUUUUCAAUGCAUCUGGUGUUACUGGUGCAUUGAAUUUGAAAUGGUUUGAAGAUCAUAAACCGCAAACUAUACGCGCUGAUGUUGUUGGUGUGUUAACAUUGGCAGAUUUAUGUAGAGAGCAUGGUCUUCCUUUGAUUAAUUAUGCCUUUGGUGGUGGUAGUUUUGAAGACAAACCAAAUUCUACUGAGUCUUUCUAUUUUAGAACUCAAGCAAAGGUGGAAGAGUUUCUAAAGGAAUACGAAAAUGUAUGCAGUUUCAGAAUUCAAUUUCCAGUAUCAUCUGAUCUAAGCAAUCCACAUAACUUCAUCACAAAGAUAACAAAAUCUGACAAAGUGGCCAACAUUCCAAACAACAUAACUGUUUUGGAUGAACUUCUACCUAUUUCAAUUGAAAUGACCAAAAGAAAUUCAAAGGGAAUUUGGAACUUAACAAAUCCUGGUAUUGUGACAUGCAAUGAGAUUCUUGAGAUGUACAAGAAUUAUAUUGAUCCAAGUUUUAAAUGGAUUAAUUUUACACUUCAAGAACAGGCUCAAUUUCCUACUCCAAGAAUUAACCUUAUGGAUGAUGCAUCAAAAUUGAAGAAGGAAUUUCCUGAAAUGUUGUCUAUUAAGGACUCAUUGAUUAAAUAUGUGUUUGAACCAAAAAAUAAAAGCUUUGGUUAUUGAGAGUAGUUAGAGUAAUAAACCAUAUAUGUAUAAUUAAAUGUAUACAUGAUGGUGCUAUAACCUAAUGUGUCACUCUAUUGUAUUUUUCUUUUUUGGGAAAUAAAAGCUAAAUAAUGUUUCUUA